AUGGUUGAAGAUCCAUCUGCUUCGUUCAGCGCUAUUCACCAAACGCUAACGCGCCUUUUUUUCUUUCCAGCCGCCUUCCUAAAGGCCUGCUCCGCAUCAGACAGCAAGCUCGACCAGUGCAUAGAGAAGGUCAUCGAGGUCGGCGGGCCCAAGUUCACGGAUGGCAUCCCAGCGCUGGGCAUCGCGCCCCUGGACCCCCUCAAGCUGGGGACGGUGGUCGUCAACAACCCUGCGCUGAAGCUGACCUUCCAAGAUACGGUGGUGACCGGACUCAAAGGAUUUAGGGUUAAUUCCUACAAGAUGAACAGCGCCAAGAACAAGGCGACGUUUGACUUCACGGCCAACGUGACGCUGAAGGCGCACUACGAAAUCGAUGGCCAGGUCAUCAUCCUGCCCAUCAGGGGGAACGGCCCUGCCAAGAUCAAGAUCACGAACCUGAACAUCGUGAUCAAGUACGACUUCGACACUCGCGACGGGCACUGGGUGGUCACCAGCUACAAGGACAGCUACAAGAUGGACCGCGCGCAGUUCAAGUUCAGCAACCUCUUCGGAGGCAACAAGGAACUUGCGGAGACCACCCACAGGUUCACCAACGAGAACUGGGAGAUCAUAAUGCAGGAGAUCGCGCCGCCCGCCAUCGAGGGCAUCAUCAAGAGCUGUGUGGCCGUCGUCAACUCCUUCUUCGGCGCUGUACCAGCUGCCGACCUGCUGCUGCCUUGAAUGGCGACACCAUCCACAAAGUGAUCAACGAGAACUGGGAGCCUGUGAUCCGCGACAUCGCACCCUACGCCUUCGAGCAAAUCAUCAAGUCCUGCGUGGAGGAAGUCAGCAAACUGUUUGGGGUCGUCCCCGCUUCGGAACUACUCUUACCAUGAAACGAUUCCGGGACCUAUAGUUUGGUCUCCGAGCACGUAGAAUUUUGUCCAAUGACGAUUAGGUAUUUACCUGUUAAUUGGUUACAUUCGAUUGGCGGCCUCAUUUAUGCUGCCUAAGAUCCGGUAGAUUUGAAAAUUAUAAUAUCCGAUACGAUUUCCACUUCAGUUAAUUUAUCUGCGACGGAAAUUAUUUAACCAUUUUUGGCUUCCAAUUAAUUUUAAACUAUUUUUAAUAACAUUCUGUGACAGUUUUGUUUCGAUUAAAGCACUUAAUUUAUAAGUACAAUUAACAAUUCCAGUAUCUCAAGCCAGUUUAUAAUUUAAGAGUAAUAUUAAGCAACUGUCCCAAAUAACUCUGUGCAAGUCAAGUUUACUAUGUCUUUUGGUGUUGAAAUCAUAAUUUUAAUCAUGAAACUAUUAUUUUUAAACUCCCUUGUUUCUCUCAUCAAUAAAAG